AUGCUUUGGGAGAAAGCCUAUGAGUGCGUAGAGGGUGGAAAGAGCUUCGGUGAAAGUGAAAAACUUAAUUCACAUCAACGAAACCUUACUGCACAUCAGCGAACUCACACUGGGGAGAAACCCUAUAAAUGGAAAGUGUUUUGCUCCAUGUUCAACAUCCUCAAGUUCACAUCACCAAACUCAUAUAGAGGAAGAUCAGUUUUGAAUGGUGUGUGUGUGAUAUUCUAGGUUUGCAUGUAAACUUGUACACACAUGUAUUAAAGUAAUGAAGGUUUUUUUUUUUUUAAUGUGUUCGGAGAGCCUUUUCCUCUUUGUUGCUCUGACUGGGAUAGGUCGCUUGAGAAGCUCUCUCCUAGUUAACAGGCUGAAGCUUCUCCAGUCUCGGUCUUCUCCUUGCCCCCUGCCAGGAUUCCAAUGGCGCUCUUCUUGCCUGUGCCAGAGAAUUAAAGAAGAUAUGUCUAUAAAGUUGGAGAAGUUUGAAAUGCUGCUUGGAAGACAGGCUUAUUGGAAAGACCAGCAGUCCCAGGAGACAAUGAAGGAAUGGGUUCAAUAAGGCUACAACAAGACCCUGUGUGAGGGGGUAAAUGAAUGUCGAUUCUCCUCCAAGUUCCCAUUGGAGGCAUUCUAUCCAGUUGGCCAUGUUCAAUCCAAUCUCAAGUCAUCAGGCGAUGUACAGCCAUUGGUAGACCGAUCGUAAUGGGGCAUGGAUCUCAUAGCUCAGCAGUAGAGCAUCUCCCUGGUUCAAUCCCUCACUGGCAUCUCCAGGCAGGGUUGGGAGAGACUUGCCUGAAAUCUGUUAUAACUAGUGGUGCAAACAAGCGUGUUGCUUGAUAACGCCAAGGUUGCAGGUUUGAUCCCUGUAGGGGACAUCUCCAUGUUUUUGCAUUGCAGGGUCUCUUCCAACUCUCUAUAAUUCUAUGAAAUCCCGGAGAGAUUCUGCUGGUCAGUGUAGAUGAUACUGAGCUAAAUGGACCAGUGGUCUGAUUCAGGCUAAGGAUGUUUCCUAUGUUCUUAACAUGUUAUGGGUGGGGGUCAUUCCCCCAGAAUUUGUUUGGCACCAAGUGUUCCUCUGCAGUGGUGGAGCAAGCCGAUUGGGUGCCUGGGGCAGCUGGGGCAGGACGCUCUGUGGGGCCUCCGGGGAGUCUGCCUGCCUCCUCCCACUCAGCCGCCCUACAGCUGAGGGGGAGGUGGCGGGCAGACUGUUUGGGGCAGUGCGGAGCCUGUGGGUGCCCAAGCCACGCGUCACUCCCAGGAGAGAUGCAUGGCUCGAGCGCGCUGCAGGCCCUGUGGUGAGUGCCGCCAGGCAUUUUGUCACUCCCCUCAAAUUGUGACACCCGGGGCGACUUGCCCCCACUGCACCCCCUUCCUCUGCCCCUGCUCCUCUGAUAGAGAAGUGGUCUGAAGCAGUGGCUGUGGGGAGUAGGAGCUGGCAGGCUUCCAAUGAUAUAUCAAUUGUCCCAUCUACCUGACUUUAUUAGCUGGCCAUUAAACCUAGAACAAAAGAAAUAGAAUAGCUCUUGUCUAGCAGUGAAGCACCCUUCAGGAACCAUCUCUCCAGCAGUUGCCCAGGUAGCAUUUUUUUUAAUACAUCCCGCUCUUCCCAUGGAUGAGAGCAUAUUUUGUAUCCUGAAUAUUUUAUACCAAGAGUCAACUGAAGUGUUAUCACUAAGAGGCUGAGCUCUGAAUCAGCCUGCCGGCACCUUAUUCAUAAAUGAUGGAGACCAGCAAGUCUCUCUCUGAGUCUGAAGAAGGCUCAGCCUUGAACAACUCAAGAGCACACCGAAAAGAAGACAAAAUAGGGACACGUCGCCCUUCCCGUCUCGUCCAUUGUCCAAGGACAUCCAGAUUUCAACAGGGAGGAAUAGUGCUCAUAUGGGGGUAGCCUUCGGAUGAGCUCUUGAAACAUGGGUAUAGUGUAGUGGUUAAAACAGGGACAGGACAACUGUGUCAACCUCCCCAUCCAGCUGCUAUAUGACUCCAACUCCCAUCAGCCCCAGGGGUCAUGCCCAAGGGUCCAGCGUUUCUGGGUUGGGGUGUUGGGCCAGAAUCAGGGAGGCCUAGCUCUAAUCCCCACGCACUGAGCAAACUUGGGCCAGUCACUAAAUAACACUGUAUGUUGCUUUGAGCUCCUUACAGGAAAUGUGGGACAUAGAUAAAUAUAUCAAACCCUACCCCUUUCCUGGAAGGUCACAUUGACUUCCUGGAAGGUCACAUUUGGCUUCCCCAAAACAAUUCUGGGAACCGUAGUUUAGCCCCUUGUGGAGCUAUGGUUCCCAGCGCCCUUAAACUACAGUUCCCAGAAUUAUUUGGGGGAAGCUAUGAUUGUUUAAAGUGGUAUCAUAGUGCCUUCAAUGAAUGGGGCCAGAGAGAAACUAAUAUUAACAGACUCUCCCAUCCUCAGCUCCGUCCUCUGCAAGUUUACCCUAAAGGGACUUAACUCCCAGGUAAGAUGCAACCUUAACAGAUCUGCAAGCCAAAAUGUGGAUGGCUAGACAAGGAUUUAAAACUACUUCAAUCAUCAUAAUAAUGAUAAGAAUAAUAAAAAACAAAUAGCAAUGAUAUUUUAUACCACCUUUCCAUGCAGAAGCCAUCUCCAGGCAACUGAGAGAUGGAACAAUAGAAGUAUAAAAUAGGAUUAAUGGAAACAGCAGUGUCAAUAUAAACUAUUUUUUAAAAAAUUGCCGUGUAAAGCUCACAGAAAGGAAGAGGAGCAUUGUGAACUCAGUUAAAAGUGGACUGAAACACCCAAGCCUUCAAGGCCUCUUUAAAAAAAUCCAGGGUAGCAAAGGCACAUAAGGAUGGGGACACCCCUGACAAGGCCCUGCUCCUUUUCCUGAUGAUCUGAUGGAUUUUGGAGGCAGACCCUUGAGCAGGACCUCCGUGGCCAAUCUCAGAACCCAAGCAGGGCCACACAAGCGCAGGUUCCUUCUGCCUCUAUGAAAGCAGAGCACAGCCAUCCUGGCUCAUAGCCACCCAUAGUCGUCUCCUCCUCCAUGAAUUUGUUGGAUCCUCUUUUAAAGCCAUCCAAGUUGGCAGCCAUCACUGCCUCCUGUGGAAGCGAGUUCCAGAGGUUAACUGCACUGCGUGAAGACGGGUUUUCUUUUAUCUGAGCUGAAUCUUCUGAAAUCCACCUUCUUUAGAUGUCCAGGAGUACUGGUGUUGCAAGAGAGGGAGAAGAACUGUUCUCUAUCCAGUUUCUCCAUGCCCUGAGCUAUAGGAAAGGUGGUGGAUUAAUUUGCCUCUGAAAGCCAUCCUGAAACAGUGUUGAACUAAAAACCUUCUUGAGUGUCUUUCCCAGAAUUGCUCUGCAAACAGAGCAGGUAACAACUACCUGGCAGAGAAUCCAUACUCUUGCCCGCCUUUCCCAGCAUGCUUUGUUCUCUGGCUGCCUCAGUUAAGGUAAAGGUAAAGAGACCCUUGACCAUUAGGUCCAGUCGUGGCCAACUCUGGGGUUGCGGUGCUCAUCUCGCUUUAUUGGCCGAGGGAGCUGGCGUACAGCUUCCGGGUCAUGUGGCCAGCAUGACUAAGCCACUUCUGGCGAACCAGAGCAGCACACAGAAAUGCCAUUUACCUUCCCACCGGAGCAGUACCUAUUUAUCUACUUGCACUUUGAGGUGCUUUUGAACUGCUAGGUUGGCAGGAGCAGGGACCGAGCAACGGGAGCUCACCCCGUUACGGGGAUUCGAACCACUGACCUUCUGAUCAGCAAGUCCUAGGCUCUCUGGUUUAACCCACAGCGCCACCCGCGUCCCGGCUGCCUCAGUUACUGCUGAAAUAAAGAGCCCAAAGCAUUUAGAAAGGGAGGGGUGGGGGACGCACACAAACCUUUCUGCAGUCCAAGCAAUGGCUGUUAGGGUGCUGGAGAGAGUCUGUAAGAGCUAAUGAGGUUUUCUUUGUCUGACCUUGCCCGGAAAGUGUUCUGCCCACAACCCGGAGGCUGUUGUUUCCCCCCCGUUUAAUAAAUGUCAGACUGUUACUUCCAAGCAUCUCAGCCAGCCUGUCUCCAGUGAGGUUGUGGCAUUGCCUUUUCAUUAACUCCCUUCCACUUAUUUUCAGGGAAAGUGUCGAGUUGGAAAAGGAGAGAUCUUGUGAGGUCACCAGCUUCUGGCAGUGUGUGUUUGGGGCCACCUUUCCAGAUAAGACAGUGAAGUUGAGGCUACAUAUCCCACAAAGCCCUAUUAGUGGAGGUCACAAAGUUGGAUGCUUUGUGUGGGAAAGCUCAAUGGGAGACGAGACUUACCUCAGCUCCCCUCGUCUGACUUGUUAAUCUGGGUUCUGUCGGUGGUGUGAAAAGCAGAAAACGCUUUUCAUAAUAUGGCAGCUGGAUUUCUUGCAAGGAUGCUCUGAACUGAACAAAUAUCACCAAAUCCAAAGGAAAAUAAUUGCCUCGCUGGGUGUUUUUUGGUCCUGUUAUUGGUUGCAAAAUGAUCUUCUUCUUUUUCUUCUUCUUCUUCUUCUUCUUCUUCUUCUUCUUCUUCUUCUUCGUCUUCGUCUUCUUCUUCUUCUUCUUCUUCCUCCUCUUCUUCCUCUUCUUCUUCUUCUUCAUUAUUUACUUACCAUUCACUUUAAGGUCCCUGGGCAAGUUGAAGCAAUUAAAAAUGUUAAAGACAAUCUAAAUCAACUUACAAUUUACAAUUGCAGUAAUAAGGUGGAUUCUAAACAUCAGCCUUCCCCCGAAGCUGUACAAGGAACCUGCCAGACUCACCUCUGUGGGGAGGGAGUUCCACAACUUCGGGGGCUACCAAAGCCAACCCCCAACCCUGGAGCCUCUGUUUCUACCAGGAGGUUGUAAAAAGUCACCUGAAGCUCAGAAGUUCAGCCCAGGAACCUGACAUUUCAAGGGAAAUGAAACCUAAAGACCUACAGUUGCUUAGAGACAUGGGCAAUUUAGCAGCAGCUGAUCAUUGCUGCUCUGCUUUCAGUAGUGGAAUAGUGACUCUGCUUGCAAAAUUCUUGCACCUCUUUGACCAAGUGGGCAGUCCUCCUUUCCAAGGCCUCAGAUGUUGGGAAGGGGACAAUUUGCAUUGAGAUAAUUGUGUAUUGCGUUAAAUAUUUUCUCCACCCUCCCACCGAACUCCUGAUUGUGAUGGAAUAGGAAGAGUAUGUGAAGGGUUGACAUAAAGGCAAUGCUAUAUGGAAAAAGAAGGGUUAAAGUGAUAGGGUUGAUGCCUAGAGAGAAGUGGACCACAGAGAAGGAAAAUGGCUGAGCAAUUUAUGCAGAAUCCAGAACCCAACUAGAAGAGCAAGAUCAUUGGCACCUGGGAAAAUGGCACAGCUACUCUACUAAGGACUCAGCUAUACAGCUGCAAAUAAAAUGUUUUAAGUGUGUUGUAAUGUGCAUUAUACAAAUGUGACACUAGGUGGUGAUUGUGAGCUAUGGUAAAUUCAAUAUAUUUUUCAAAAUGUUUUUUUUAAAGCAUAUGCACAAUAUUUUUUAUAUAUGCAUAGAUUCCACCUAAGUUAACAAGCCAGAUUUUCUUAUCUCUUGGGUUGUUUUUUUAAAGGAUACCAAACUGGAGGAAAAUGGGGAAAAGAUGCUUUGGUAAUGACGUUAUGCAAACGCCUUGUAAAAAGAGAGUGAACAAAUUGUGGCUAUUCCAUCAUAAGGGCCCAGUGCAGAAAUUGCUCCAGGAAGAAACCAAGAACCUUAUAGAAAUCAGAACUCGAAAGAGCUCUUCUAACUGGGCAAGUGUUUGGGGUGGGUGGUGCCUAUUAUGUAUAUAACAUAAAGCUGGCAAAGAAAACUUGGAUGGAGCUAUAGUAUAGUGGGGAAAAGAAGAAAGGGAUGAAACCAGAAGGAAGCCAGAGGGCUGCAGUGAUUCUGGACUCCAGGAGCAAAAGAUAUGAACAAUGGGAGAGAAUCUGCCUCUGUUUUGUGAUACUUUGAUUGGUCCUAAGAAAGAUAUUGCUCAGGUUUGGAUUUGUUUGUUGUUUUGCCCUAAAUCCUCUUUCAGCCUUGUGUCAGAGUGGUUUCUUCCUAUAACUAGGGGGAGGUGGUGGAGGAUGGAGACUGGGGGUGGUGGCGGUGGUGGUGGGGAAAAACAUGCUCUGAGGUUUGCAUUUUACUCAUGAUCUCAUUCCAUUCAUGUUCUAUUCUUAGGUACCAGGAAGGGUGAUAAGCCUGGGGAAUCUGUGGGUUAGGCCGAGCCCAUAAGAAGAGAAGUCAUUUUAAGGCAUCAGCUGCAUCUGGUGGUAAGGAAGCUGAACACAGAGAGAUAUAUAUAUAUAUAUAUAUAUAUAUAUAUAUAUAUAUAUAUAUAUAAAAUAAAGGAGAAUUUUUAAUGAAAGGGAAGCACGGCUUCUAAAUUUAGAUGCUGUGCAAGUGCUUUAAAGUCUCUAAGUGCAUCUAUAGCCGGAGGGUGUCUGAAAUUUUAUUCUCAGUGCUCAUUCUCCCCCAGCCAAAUGUGGAUCCCAUUGAAGUCUGGCAAAAUGCCCGCAAACUUCAAAGGGAAUGGUGUUUUGGCUCAGUGUCUCGAUCAUGCCCACCCUGGUCCAUUGCUUUCUUGCCCGUUCAGGAGACCGCAACCUGCGUAGCCGAGAGAGAUACCAGCCUGCAUCUUCCUCCCCUCCCGACGUGAGGCAAAGACAAAAGCUGGCGUAGCACCCCGUGCACGAGGGAGGCAGCAAAGCGAAAGGUGAGAGACGUUUGCUGUGCAAAUCUGCCUGAGCACUUGCAAGUGCACUGGCCAUUCUCACACAGAGGUCUGCAAACAUUUGCUGGUAGAUCCAGCAAGUGACAUGGUCUUCAAAGCAGGUUCUCUCACCCCAUUCACGUUCGACACGGAUUUGUGCCUGCAUGUAUGUGUGCUAAACCACCGGGAGAAUAUUAGGAAAACUGGGGGGGGGGGUGUACCAGCAGUUGAGCAGGUCUAAAGAGACUCUGUAGGUUUAUCAGAAAGCAAAUGGACAAGAUAGCACAGGGAGUGACAGUGACAGGAAGCAGGGAUUCCAAAUAGAUCUUGGCUGGAUCAGAAUGCACUGCCAGCCAUCUCGCACCACAGGCCACUAAUCUAUGAGAGCCAUUUUCUGUAUUCCUGGGAAAGGAUGUCUUGCACCCCUGCUUGCUUCCAACAUGGCCUCUUCUCAGCUGAGAGAUGGCAGGAACUGAUUGGGGGAUGGGUGGGAUGCCUUCUCAGAUGUGGCAAAACCCAGCCACCCACCCUUGGCUGAUCUCUGAAGAGGGCAGCCUCCAGACAAAUGUCCCUCCUCCCCUCCAAACACACCCUCUGUUUCUGUAGGCAAGUACAGUGGUACCUUGGGUUAAGAACUUAAUUCAUUCUGGAGGUCCGUUCUUAACCUGAAACUGUUCUUAACCUGAAGCAUCACUUUAGCUAAUGGGGCCUCCUGCUGCUGCUGCGCCGCCGGAGCACAAUUUCUGUUCUCAUCCUGAAGCAAAGUUCUUAACCCAAGGUACUAUUUCUGGGUUAGCGGAGUCUAUAACUUGAAGCGUCUGUAACCUGAGGUACCACUGUAGCCGAAUGUAGGAAGAAGAGCUGGAAAAUCCAUACCUGGUCCAGCAACUCCCCACCACCACCACCAUGUCUGACCAGAUGCAAGGAGAAACCUGCGGCUGGAUCAGGCCCAUCUUGCACAGCCUCCUCUUCUCACAGUGGCCAGCCAGAUGCCCCGCAGGGAUGCGUACAAGCGGGACCUGAGUGCAACACCACUCUCCCCAGUGACUGACCUUCGGACACAUUUAUUGCCUCCAACAGUGGAGACUGAGCCUAGCCGUCAUGGCUGUGGUUCACCACUGAUAGUCCUCCAUGAAUUUCUCCAGUCCUCUUUUAAAGCCAUCCUAAGGGGUGGCCAUCACUGCCUCUUGUGGAAGCGAAUUCAGUAGUUUCUUGAUGCUCUGUGUGAAUUGUCACACAUGCUGGAUUCUGCCCAACUUGUGUGCGUGAGGUCAUGUGGCGGGAGGUGGCCAGACAGAGCCUUCUGCGGCUGCACCCCUCGAGCCCUGCCAUAGCUGCGGGUAGACCUGGCAGGGCUGUGGGUGGGCCCAUUGAGGCCCAUCACCACCAUAAAAAGGACCACCAGGCUGCAGAAUAUUGAUGGGGGCUGUCCCCCUCCUUGAUUUUUUUUUUGGGGGGGGGCUCGGAUCCCAAAGCCCCACCUAGAUAGUGCCCCUGAAUCCUGUCUUUUCUCCCUUUCAUCAUUCAGCUUAAACAGACUGCUAUGAGUUCUAGCAGGACAGCAUUACAGGAGAGCCCACAGGAAGCAAGAACCAAGCAUAGGAACCCCCUCCUGCUGUCCCCCCACCCCAGCAACUGGUAUUUAGAGGCAUGUCACCUCUGAAGGACAUCAGCCCUGAGUGCUCACUGGAAGGACAGAUCGUGAAGCUGAGGCUCCAAUACUUUGGCCACCUCAUGAGAAGAGAAGACUCCCUGGAAAAGACCCUGAUCUUGGGAAAGAUGGAGGGCAAAAGGAGAAGGGGACGACAGAGGACGAGAUGGUUGGACAGUGUUCUUGAAGCUACCAGCAUGAGUUUGAACAAACUGCGGGAGGCAGUGGAAGACAGGAGUGCCUGGCAUGCUCUGGUCCAUGGGGUCAUGAAGAGUCGGACAUGACUAAACGACUAAACAACAACAACACCUCUGAUUCUGGAGAUGGCACCCACCCACCAUGACUAGUAGCAACUGAUAUCUUUAUCCUCCAUGGGUUUGCCAGACCCCCCCUUAAAGCCAUCUAAGUGGGUGUUGACCACGUGCUGACCCAACUUCUUGCACAGAUGUAGGGAGACCUAAGCAAGGGCUGAGCAUGGGGGGCUCUCGUGUUUUGGAACUGCCUGUCCCACCCCCACCCGGCUGCCACCUUCUAUUUUUACUGAGUAAGGGAUUAACACUUGCAAGUGGUUGUGUGUGCUGCGGUCUUGUUCCCACCUAAUGUGCUCUUGACAUCUUUUGACGCCUCCUGCAAUAGCUGUGAACUACUUCCCAGUUCUGGAAGCCCCCUUGGCCUGAUAAGAAGAUGCGAAAUGAACAGGAAACAGGAGUCCUGUUAACACACUGGCUUCUGCCAAAAACUCCGAGGCCAGCCCUGAGCUGUUUUCAAAAGUUGUUGAAAUCCACAUGCUGCUUUCUUUGGGUAUUCUAAGACGCCACAACUGGAACUUUACUGGAAAUGCUUUCAAUCUGUGUUUCAAAGGGGGAUCCUUUCCUAUCCCUUUGGAUGGGGGGUCAGCAAACUUUUUAAGCAAGGGGCCGGUCCACUGUCCCUCAGACCUUGGGGGGGGGCUAUAUUUUUUUGGGGGGGGGAAUGAACGAAUUCCUAUGCCCCACAAAUAACCCAGAGAUGCAUUUUAAAUAAAAGGACACAUUCUACUCAUGUAAAAACAUGCUGAUUCCCAGACUGUCCGCGGGCCGGAUUAGAAGGCGAUUGGGCCGGAUUCGGCCCCCGGGCCUUAGUUUGCCUACCCAUGCCUUUGGAGAUGCCUUCUUAAGAUGUUGUUAAUGUGAGUCCCUGACUUUGUUGGUUAUCAGGGUCCAGCUCCCUCCCUGUGGAAGUUAAUCUGAGUGAGAGCAGGUGGGUGGUUCUUGGGGCAUCCAUAGCUCAGAUGAAGAGCAUCUGCUUUGCUUGCCAAAGGUUCCAGAUUCAAUCCCCAGCAUUUCCCCCAGAGAGCUGCUGCCAGUCAGUGAGUACCCAGUGCUGGGCUAAAAGGACCACUGCUAACACUCACAAUAAAAGCAUGUUUUCCUAAGGUGUGUCCCACAUGGGUUCUUGAAAAUGCAAGUGCAUUGGAAUCAAGUGCAGGGCAGAGCCCGGCAGCAUUCCACAAACUGUUGUUGUUCCACCUGCCUUUGAAAUCAAUAGAGGGCAGGCUAUUGUUCGGGGAUUAAUACAACAUACAGACACCCUAAGACAGUCUGCAGUCCCUGUAGAAAAACAGGAUGUAAAUUCUUGGACAAAUACAUACAUGCAUGCAUGCAUGCAUACAUACAUAGUGGUGUGUGAGAGUUGCAGCAACUUCCCCUGCAAGGAAAUCUGCUACAAGAAGACUAAAGCCAACUGGGAGCCACAGUUCCUUGCAAACACUGUAUGCAAACAGGGGUCAUGCAUCUGCAAUGGCAAGCAAAUUAUUUUCAGGAUGCAAUUGCAUUUUUAAAAAAGAAAAGAAUUCAGGAUGCAGUUGCAUUUUGAAGAGAACAGCUGUAAAGCAGUGCUUGCCAUUCAGGUGUGCAUUGAAGCUGUUUGCAUUCGUCUGCUGGGAUUAUCGAGUUCUUUUUGCUCACCCACCACCUCACCCCCCAUCUUUCAAAUUUCGAAAAGUGUAUGAAGAUGAAACUUGAUUGGAGCUACUAAGAAUUCAAAAUAUGUCCCUGUUUCCAUGUUGAAUAGCUCUGUCUGUGUUAAGAAUGAAUGAUUCUAUGUGGGUCUGGCCCUGCCCGCUUUUGAGUUUGGCCCCACCCACUAAUGGAGUGCACUCUGCCACAGCAUUGCAUGAGUAGAAUGCAUCUCUCACCCUGAAAAAGAUUCCCAAGGUUCAUUGCAGGAACGGAUCUCGACUGCUAGUUGAGGGGGUGGGGAGAAUUCCGUUCAUUUUAUACUGGAAGGGGCUUUGCAAUUCUAUAAGGAGUGAUAAACAAAAUGUAUGUUUUUCUAAAAAAGAGAAAGAGAGAGGUGUGAGUUGUUGAAUGCCUCCUCCCAGCUGCGGAAGAUAUUUUACGGCAGUGGUAGGCUUGGCUCCUUCACCACUGGUCUUCCGUCAUUCAGUAAAAGCUUGGCACUUUCGCAGAACAUAAUUGGAAAGGCUCAUUUGACAGCAAUUUGCAUGAUAGCUGUUGGAUUUUCCUGGUUUCCUGCUGUUCUGUAUUCUGUCCUACUUUUGUUCCAGUUGUAUGUCACCUUUUAAUCUUAAUUUCUAAGCAGAUUGUUAGUCAACCGUAGUGGUUUUCUUAGAUCAGAAAGGUGGGCUGUUGAUAUUUUAAUGAACAAAUAAGCAAGCAGCCCUGGAGGAAAUAUAACCUGGGUGUGAUAGUCCUUUACUGGCUUGAUACUAUCACUAGGAUGAACCUAAGUGGGUUUAAAAAAAGAAAAAGAAAGCUCCCAUCAUCUUGGCAGUAAUGAACAAGAGGGUAUUCUGCUCAUCUCCUCCAAGUCCAUUUUGUAUUCAUGUUCCACUCUCACCCCAUGCCAAGCAGAAUUAAGCCUAAGUGCUCUUAUUUCCUUUUCUGCCUUUUUAAAAAAAAAUAAAAUAAAAAUGCAAAAUUGUGUGGAAUUGCAGAGGACAGCUUUUCAGAGAGGUUAUUUUACACGGAAUAUUUACAGCCAGCCUCCCAUUUUUCAUGGGCUUUUAUCAGAUCAUUUGUUUUAAAGAGCUAACAAGGCAAACAUUAAGAUGCAGGGAGACUGAGGGCAGCAGGUUCACUCUUCGCAGACAGAAUGGCAGAGUCUGGAAAUGGGAAAUCAGAGCAAGCGCAAACGAGUGGGAGAAGAGCAGAAACCUACUUUCCUUUCUUGACAGCUAUUUGCAUUGGAAUAUGCCUUAUACCAGACCAGACUACUUGCCCUCAUGGCCAAGUAUUGACUCCCUCAGGGCUCACCAAACUUUUCGGGCCUGUUGGCACAUGUGGAGUUCUGAGAAAGUGUGGCCGUUGUAAAAUGGCUUCUGUGGGGGGAUGUGGCAUAAAACAAAAUGGCUGCCACAAGGAGGGUGGGGAUUUGGCAUAAAACAAAAUGGCUGCCCUGGGAUGUGUGGCAUAAAACAACAUGUCUGCCACAGUGGGUGUGGCAUAAACAAAAUGGCUUGUGAGGUAGGUUAGGCUCUGAGAGACAGUAAGUGGCUUCCAAGGUCACCUAGUGAGUUUCAUGGUUGAGCAGGAAUUUGAAUCCUGGUCUUCCAGGUCCUAGUCUGACAUUCUAACCCCUACACCCCACCAGUCUGGCCUCCCAGACAUUGCUUCACUACAGUUCCCAGCAUCCUUGACCAUUGGCCAUGCUGGCUGGACAGGGGAAGCAUCUCCUGUUCCACUGCUUGAAGCAAAAUGGGAGGUGUUGUUCUGCCACUUCUGCCUGUGCCAUCCGCUCUGCCCCCUCCACCACUGGUUGAGAAGCAGCGCUGGUCUCGAUGCCGAUUUCUGCAAGAUCUUGCACGAUUUUGGCGAGAUUUCACCAGAAAUUGGUACCAGGGUUGCAGCAGAGGCAGAGGCACCCCCUGAGGCAGAAAUGUACUUCCUCCAUCUACAAAUCUUUACUCCCAAUUCAAAUAAUCUGCAGAUUAGCAAUAAGGUAUUUUGAGUGAGCUCCAUCCUUCCAUUUCUAAUGUUGCCAUGCUUAUUGCAGAAUCAUGCAGGGAGGUGUCCCUGCCUUCAUUUGCUCCUCUUUUCCUGGUGAAAUUGCAUGGCCGGAAACAUAGAGGAACUCAGCUCAGACAAAGGUAUGAAAUGCAAGCCAGUCCGAUUCCCAAUCACAAAUCAGUUUCUUUGUAGAGUAUUAUAUUAAUUAGACUAGGAGAGCACGUCUGUCUCUCUCUCUGUGUGUGUUUGUUUGUUUUCCUCAUCUGGGAGACUAAUCAGGAAGUUUGCAUGAGCGUGCAAUGAGUAUUAUAUUUCACCAACAAGCCCUAGCAACUGCAGUAGCAAGAUAAUUCAGGAGCUGUAUUAGAAAGCCACAAAAACAAUAAUAAAGAUAUUAUGAGCAAGCCAGAAGCCUAUUGUGCUCGACCUCCUACUUGCAAAUUAAAUGCACACAGAUGUAUUAACUAAACCACCCUCAGCUUUUACAAGCGGAAGCAGGGAAGGCAAGAAGCGCAGAACAACAGAAUGCCGACAUUUCGAUUCCUCCCUUCUAAUUAAAGCCUGUUUAAUGAGGGGCCCAACACCCUCAGUUUUUAUCUCCAGGGCCGGCUGUGCCAUUAGGCGGAGUGGGACAGCAACCUCUGGGUGCAGGUGUUCUGGGCUGUGAGCAUUAAGGGCAGCAGGGGGUUGGACCAAAUGAUCAUCAGAGUCCCUUUCCAGCUCUACCAUUCUAUGAUUCUUUGAUUUAUGAUAUCCACUUGAUGCGCUAGAUCUUAACAUUAACCCAACAACUUGCAUGGACAGCCCCAAUGCCCACCUACAUAGAGCCAGAAUUCAGAACCACAGGCUCAUUCAAUGAGAUAGAAGCGCUUUUCCUUGCACACUAAUGUUUCAUGAGCAUUUGCUGUGUUGGAGCGUUCCUGAAGACAGAGUGUUUUGAGGAAAUGCAAUGAUUCAUAGAACACCAGCCUUUGUAAUAGGAUUCUUCUCCGCGAGGCAAGUUAAUUGUCAAAAGAGCUUUACAGCUGUUGUGACGGUAACCUCUUGACUUAAGAUCAUUUUUAUUCUCCAUUUUACAGAGAAAGAACUGAGGCUGCGGGCUGUCAAGGUCACCCACUGAGGAAAUAGGGAUAGGCGGGAUUUGAAUACAGUUCUUAUGGAGACCUAAUUUCAUAGCUUUGGUGCAUUGACUUGUUCUAUAACUCACCGUGUCCUGAGAUGCCCUCUUUGUGUUGAUGUGUCUCACCUUCCCUCGCUUUCAGCAUACCUGUAAGGCCUUGGGAGGUGUAACUUCACUAUCAGGAUAGAAAACCCUGAAUAGUAGCAGAGUACCUGAGAAUGUGCCUUCCUCAUCACCAACACAGUUGUUGCAGAAUUGCCUGUCGAUGGAGCAUUCAUUCUGAUACGUCUGCAUGCUGGUUUUAUGACAUCACCAGCGUUUGGUCCUUAUCCACCGUUUCACAAGUUCUCACCAGUGAAAAUUCCCAUCACUUUUCUUAGUGGACUUUUUUGCAGUUAGAAAAGUGAUGGAAUAUUUGCACUAGUUAUUCAUUGCAUUUCUUUUUCUUUUUGGGCAUUUAUAUCCCACCCAUUUUCUCCAAGGACGUCAGGGUGGCAUACAUGAUUCUCUCUUUCUCAAAUAAUCCCUGCAACAACCUAGGCUGAGAGGCAGCGACAGACGCCCAAGGUUACAUCCAGUAAGCUUCUUGUCCAACUGGGGAUUUGAAUCCUGGUCUCCAAGAUCUUAGUCUGAUACUCUAACCACUACACCACACUGGCUCUCUACAAAGUGCAGGAUAGCAA